AUGGCGUCUUCAUCGUCCUCGCGGUCGCUAGUUUCUUCCUAUACCUUCGAUGAUAAAGAUCUAGAAGACGCCGAUCUAUGGGCGGUUAUCGACUCCGCCGCCGCUGCUUUUCUCCAGACUACUACCACCUCCUCCUCCGUCGUCGGGAAAUCUCCGAAACCUCUCGCUGUUACGUAUCCAAACUUCAAUUCACCUCCAACGCAUGUCUCUAACGCUCCUCCACCGUCUAAGCUUCUUCACGUCACUGAUAAGAGGUCACACGAUGAGUCACCGCGUCCGAACAAAAUCGCCAGAUCUCGCGUGAACAGUGACAGUAGUCCGAUGGCUCUCGUUACGACGUCGCAUCGGAGUUCGAAUCCGAUUAACAAUUCGAAGAAGGAGAGUUACUAUUCGCCUGGGAUCAAACAGUCAACGACCUUAUCGGAGUCCCCGCGAUCGAAUAAUACGGCUAGAUCUCGCGGCGUAUUGAGUGAGGUUAACAGUGAGAGUAGUCCGAUGGCUCUUGUUACGACGGCGAACAGAAAUUUAACUCCGGUUAACCACUUUUAUUCGCCGGAGAGUUACUUGUCGCCUGGGAUCAGGAAGAGUACGACGGACUUAUUAUCGGAGGUUUCUCCACCGUCGAGCUGCGUUAAGAACGAUCCGGUGAAUGAGAUGAGGCAUUGUUUGUCAGGGAGCUUUCCUUCUGCUACUUUGUUUAAGGAGUAUCAGAACACAGCUAUGGCGAUAUUAGAGAAAUCUGAUUACACGAUGAUAUCAGGGAAAGCGUACAUUAAGAAGUCAGGUUGGAGGAAGAUAUCGUUUUACUUCAAUGUGUCUUACGAAAUAAGGGACAAGAACAUUGAGUUUGAUGAAAAUAGAAACGUGCAGCGUGCUGAGUUCAUCGUCCGAGCUAUAAUGCAUGGAGGAAGAUUUGCUGAUGGAUGGGGUUCUUGUGAGCGACGUGAGAAGAAGUUUCUCAAGCCAAAUCAUGAUAUUCCCAGUACAGCAGAGACCAGAGCCAAAAACAGAGCUUGCCAGGAUCUUCUAGGAAUCGGUGAAUAUCGAGAAAGCCCAACUGGGUUUCCACGAUGAUCAGACAUUAUCAAAUGUGUUUCCCGACUUCAUCAGCACCAAGCUAAACAAUCAAAACAACAUUGAUAAGGUAUGCCUCUUCAUUGGUUUUUGUGGAUUUGAGUCUUGACACCGCCACAGGAAGAAAACGAAUGAAAUUUGGUUGUAAUGGAUUAUGAUUUGU